AUGAAGGUCUUUGUGCUCUUUGUUGCUACAAUUUUGGUAGCUUCACAAUGCCAUGGCGCUUCGUUCAGAAGCUUCCCUCUCAAAAUGACAACAGAGAAUGGCGAUGAUGACAGUUACACGGAGAUGAGAUGUGCCAGUUGGAGACUUGCUGCGGAAGCACACAACAUCUUCGGCUGGGAAACCAUUCCUGAAGAGUGCGUAGAAGCUACAGCCAACUACAUUGAAGGAAAACAGUACAGAUCAGACUCCAAAACAGUUAACCAACAAGCUCACUUUUUCGCCAGAGCUCGCGAUAUCGAUGAGAAUGACGUCAUUUUGUUCAGCAUAGAUGGAACCGUGCUCUCCAACGUCCCAUACUAUUCUCAACAUGGAUAUGGAGUGGAGAAGUUCAACUCCACACGUUAUGACGAAGAAUUUGUGAACAAGGGUGACGCACCAGCAUUACCUGAGACUCUAAGGAAUUACCGCUACCUGGUGAAUCUUGGCUACAAGAUUAUCUUCUUGUCAGGAAGACAUGAGAGCAAAAGAGCUGUAACUGAAGCCAACUUAAAGGCGGCUGGUUACCACACAUGGGAGAAGUUGAUUCUCAAGGACCCAUCAAACAACUCUCCAAAUUCUCUUGAGUACAAAAAGGCAGAGAGGGCUAAGCUGGUGCAGCAGGGAUACAGAAUCGUGGCAGUGAUCGGAGACCAAUGGAGCGAUCUUCUGGGAUUACCCAAAGGCCUUAGGAGCUUUAAGCUUCCUAAUCCCAUGUACUACAUUUACUAG